UAUGUAGAGCAGCAGCUCUCAGACAAAAACAGCCGCUCACAGUCCCUGCCAUAAAAUCAUCUCUGAAAUAGUUGAGAAUUUAAGUCUUUGAUUGAAUGUUACACUGAAAAUUGGCUCUGAUCUUUGAAAUUCACGGCAGUGCUCACUCCCUCAGUAAGGUCUCUGAUGUGUCCAGCUAACUGACCAACACAUUGGACUACAUCAGCUAUAUCUACAGGUUUGUCGUGAAGAUGAAGGCAGGACAUGGUACUCCGCAGUAGACCAGAAAGAGUCUCAAAUCGACAAAGCCGUUAAUCUGAAAUACCCUAAUUAUCACCACCCAGCCAUGGAGCUCGACCCAUUUAGUUUGAACGCCCUGAUUAAUGGCACUUUCAACUUGACACUGAACAACUCGUACUACUACAAUGAGUACUGGGAGUAUGACUACGAUGAGCUACCGUGUAUGUAUUCUUCUGACUAUAAAAACGGCUCUUCAUCUUCUAUGUUAGGGAACCGACCCAGCUACAACCUUCUGUUCAAGAUACUUUUACCGAUCAUCUGUGUGAGCGGUAUCGUCGGCAUCAUCCUCACGGUCAUGGUUCUCAGUCGUAAGAACAUGUGUACAUCCACAAACUGUUACCUAAUCUCCCUGUCUAUCGCAGACCUUGGCUUCCUUGUCAUACUAUCGACAAAGUUCCUGGAGUAUCGUAUUACCGGAUACCAGUUCCACGUGUUUGAUAUAUAUUUCACAUACGCUCAGAUAUUUCUGCACACAUUCCUGCUGGCCUCUGUUUGGUUGACAGUCAUGCUUGCCAUUGAGCGUUACAUAGCUAUAUGCCAUCCACUGAGAGCUAUAUCAAUAUGUACAGUGCGUCGGGCUCGCAUCAUCAUCAUUGUCAUUUUUGUCUUCUCUUUCUAUUGCCGUGUUCCAAACUUUUUUGAACAGGAAAUAAAAACGGUGACUCCAUGUCCAGGUGCUCCAGAGUUUCGACACAUGGUUCUGACAACACUUGGGCAGAAUAUAGCUUACAAGAUAUCAUACGCGUGGGUAGUGGACUGUAUUAUCUGUGCUAUUCUCCCGUUUAUAGCCUUACUGUUCCUCAAUAUCAGACUGAUAAUAGAAAUCCGCAAGUCUACGAGAUAUCUAAGAUAUCAUUUAGGCACAGACAGUAGCAUGCAGAACGCAGUAAGUAGCGAACAGCUCAAGAUCACGAUGAUGUUGAUCAGUAUUAUCUUUGUGUUCUUUGUCUGCCAGGCUCCCUAUGUGAUAACGAUGGCGUACAGAAACAUUCAUCAAUAUACCUCGCGGACAAUCCUUCGCUCUCUCACCAUGGAAAUCGUGGCGGAUGCCACCAUCUUGAUGCUGGCGCUCAAGUCUGCAAUCAACUUCAUUCUGUACUGUUGGUUCAGCGAAAAGUUUUGGAAUACGUUUAAACGUGCGUUCUGUAUUCGGUACUGUUUAAGGUGGUAUAAAUCUAGACGGCAUAAUGGCCACACUGUCCACUCUGCAGACCAAAUUGGCAGUAACAGUGCCCGGAAGACAUCGUGUAUGACCAAAGACACAAUAUGUUAGGCAGCUCCUGCAUCACCGAAACUAUUCUGCGUCAAAUGAGCUGUUGCAGGUUUUAAAAGUUUUCUUGUUGAAAAUGAUAAAUUUAAAUCCGUUUAUAUCACACUAUUGGAUAAUGGUUUGUUAUCAAUCUCGUAACAAAGUGUUGUGCUUUUGAAUAGUACAAAAUAUGUUUUACUUGGAAAGUGAAAGUAAUAGACUAUAUUGUUCCUGUCUUUUUGAAACCUGUAACACAGCUGACUCUCAUUGUUUGGUGUCUGCCAGGAUAACGUAUUGAUAAGUACAUGUCUGGCAUACUGAAGUGGUGAAUGAACAUGCUCCAAUACUAUUGAAAGCAAAGUACUUUAACGUUUUUAAAUUGUUGUGAGAGAAUUGAAAUCCGACGAUAGCUAUAAUGUAUUGUUGUUGGACUAUAGUAAAAUGUUUCUCGAAGAAAAGGCCGUUGCUGGACCAUGUUUAAUAUAUCAGGUUAAGAUAUUAUGUCGUUAUAUUUGUUUACAGAUGUAUGAAUACCAAACAAAUCAAUUAUAUGAUUUUGCAUGAAUUCUUUAAUGUUCCGAUGGCCUUGAUAUUAUUUAGUGAUGUGGACUCGUUUCUUCCAAAUCAAAUUUCUAAUGUAAACUUACUUAAACGUUAUAAAUAACAAAUACAAACAAUUAGGCAUUGGGUGUCGGUGUACUUUGAGGUUUAUUGUAGAGAAUUCAGAGUAAAGUGAGACCUCAAACAUUUUCUUGCCUGAUUUGGUAAUCGAAAUCUAUCUUGGCGAAAGUCUACAGUAGAAACCACUACAUCGUCCGACACUCUGCUUUAUAACAGACAUAUGACACCAUGGCACUGAUGUAGUUCUUAAUUACCUGUAAAGAUGUAUAUAACUUCGAUACAAAUUAAAGUUAUAUUUCUUUAGGUAUGAUAAAGUUGUAACAUUCCAUGUUUGAAACAGUCACGUAUUAGUAUAGCUAUCAGCGAAAGGUACUUGUUAAAACUAUCUGCAAACUGCCUUGACUGAUGUUCUACCAUGCAUUAUAUUGUUCUGUGUCUGUCGGAUUAGAUAUCAAAGUUGUUUCAAGCGAUAAAGUUUUAGAAUGUUACACUAUUCCCAAAGGCAGCAAGAGGAAACAAUCAACCUCCACACACAGAUAAUUUCCCGCUCUAUUAUAACGCAGGAAAGCAAUAUUUCACUUUCAAUACCCACGCAGGAAUAAAUCAUUUCAUUCUCCAUAAUAACGCAGGAAAAAGAGUUCCAAACUAUAAAUUAACACAUUAUAAAACACCUUACAUGGAAUCAAUUAAAUCAGGCCAUAUACAGGCUUGUGUUUUGCGGAGCCAAACACUGGGGAGGCUGGGGAAUGAUAUAUGCGAUAUACUUCUAUGUACAAAAUGUAGGUUGAAUGUAUAUGUUUACACAAUGACGUACAAUGUAGUAAGUAUCUUGUGCUGAUGUUUAAUGUGUAGACAAUGAAACCCAUAUUCUAUCCAAAAAAAGAUUUAUUUAUGUAGAUGUAAAGUUAUUGUGAUAAUUUGUUGUAAUGAUAUUAUGCCAUAUUAAAUUUAUCGUAAGUUUUCAUUGCUUAACAGUAUGUUAUUUAGUGAUAUUGGCAAAAUUUCAUUAUUAAUGAAUAAUAAAGAGUAAUUAUAUAAUUUA